AUGGAAGAGAAUACAAAGGCUCAAGUGCCAGAGGCCACUGCCCCUGCGCCUGAUGUGGAUGUCCCCAAGCGCGACGCUGAUGCCGCCAUGAGCGAGCCUCCAGCCAAGAAAGCACGAGUGGAGGAACCUACCGAGUCCAUCGCUCAAGAUAUGCGUGACAGAGGCAUUGCGCCAGUCAAGGCCGAGUAUGUCACUCCAACAAUCUCAGAGACCAAUCAAGCUGACUUGUCAAGAUACCGCAUCGAGACCGCCCCCAGGCCCCGCCCUACAACUACAACCGAGACGAGUCCCGACGAUGCGGCCGAGGCUGCGCCUCGUGAUGGUCGCGAUGCCCGUGAUGGUCGCGAUGCCCGUGACGGUAGCGAUGCCCGCGAUGGUGGUGGCCAAAGGGAAAAGAAGAAGAAGAAGAAGGGUCAAAACACUAACCGCAGCUAUGGCAAGUCCGACGAUGCCAAGGGCCUGUGCAGCACGAGAAUGUUUGCCAACGAGUUCUCUGCUGGUGAAUGUCAAUUUGGCGUGAGUUGCCGAUUUGAGCACGAUCUGCGUGUUUACCUGAAAGAGCACAAGCGCGAAGAUAUCCACACUUUCAAUGACCUCUGCCCUGUCUACGAAGCACUGGGUAAGUGCUCUGCCGGUUGGAAGUGUCGCAUGGUCGGCUCCCACUCGACCGAGAGAGAAACCGAGGAUGGCAAGAAGGAAUUGAUCUUGCUGGAGAAUGCUGAGCGCAUGGAGGCAGCCCGACCUCGUCUUGCUCAUGCGACCCCCGAACGAAAUGUCAACAUCAUUGCUACUGCGGAUAGAGUGUCGCUCACGAGAAAGAAGGAGAAGACACCUAGAGCUGAUGCCUAUACUACCUGGGCCAACCAGGUGUCUGCGGAACUGGAGAAGGCGAUUCAUCAGCGGUCUACAGUUCGCGAGAAUGGUGAGGUUGUUGAGCCAGCUGAAGCUGCAAAGAUCGACCUCGAGGAAAACCGUGCUCAGUUCCUCGAGCCUCCUUUCAUGCCCUCUGAGAAGAGACGCAUUUACUUCGGACCAGAGACUCCUGUUCUGGCACCUCUGACCACUCAAGGUAACAUGCCGUUCCGAAGACUUUGCGGAGAUCUCGGUGCGCAAUUCAGCUACUCAGAGAUGGCAAUGAGUAUGCCUUUGAUCCAGGGUACCAAGUCGGAAUGGACCUUGUUGAAGGCCCACGAGUCUGAAAUGGCUCCACCAAAUGUUAUCCAGGGAGACAACAUUGUCCAAGGCUAUGAUAACUCGAAGGAUUCCCGCUUCGGUGCCCAAAUCGCUGCCAACAAGCCGUGGCAAGCUCUCAAGGCCACCGAGGUGCUGUCAAAGUUCACUCCCAACUUGCGUGUGAUUGAUUUGAACUGCGGUUGUCCCAUCGAGCUUGUAUUCCGCGAGGGUGCUGGUUCAGCUCUUCUGGACCACCACUCGAAGUUGGAGAAGAUGAUCCGUGGUAUGAACGCUGUGUCGCAAGAAAUCCCAAUCACCGUCAAGAUCCGCAUGGGAACCAAGGACAACCAGCCUACUGCUCAGAAAUUGGUCGAGCGUAUGGUCCUAGGUGGAUACGAGUCUAAUGUUCUCAACCUUGGACCCCCCGGUGCUGCAGCUAUCACUCUGCACGGACGUAGCAGACAGCAGCGCUACACUCGCCAAGCCGAUUGGGGAUACAUUUCAGAGACAGCAGCUCUCAUCAAGAGGCUCAACCAAAAGAAGGACUCGCUGACAGACACCAUCCGCGAGCCGGAUGAGCGCCACAUGCCCAAUGGUGGCAAGACCUACUUCCUCGGAAACGGUGACUGUUAUUCUCACGUCGACUACGACGACCACGUCAACAACGGUGGUGUUGACUCUGUUAUGGUUGCCCGUGGUGCCUUGAUCAAGCCUUGGCUAUUCGAAGAAAUCCAGACUGGCCAGUACCUGGACAAGUCUGCGACUGAGCGUCUGGCCUACAUCGAGAAGUUCGCCAAGUACGGUCUUGAGGCAUGGGGAUCCGAUGAGCACGGUGUCGGAACAACUCGUCGCUUCUUGCUCGAAUGGUUGAGCUUCGCUUACCGCUAUGUCCCUAUCGGACUUCUGGAGUAUCUUCCCCCUAAUAUCCAGCACAGGCCCCCUGCUUGGCGCGGCCGCAACGAGUUGGAAACCCUCAUGGGCAGCGGCAACUACAAGGAUUGGAUCAAGAUCACUGAGAUGUUCCUCGGUCCUGCUCACGAGAACUUCAAGUUCGAGCCUAAGCACAAGUCCAACUCUUACGAUGCUGAGGCUGAGGGCUAA